CAGACUGUGUCUCACUGUGGCACUGUUGAAGGAGGACUUAUAAGUGGAAGUGUUGGGACAGCUGUUGUCAGAUAGAGGAAUUUUUUUUUUGGUUUUGAUCUUAUCUCUGGCUGAAACCAUGGGACUCAUUCCAUGUGUGGUGCUGCUUUCGCUUCUACUCAUUGGGCAGCUUCAAGCAAGCAUUCCGGCUUCUUCUGAUAGUGGAUUUGAGCAGUCCCCGGUUCCUAUCUGGCAGCUCAAGCCUCAGGGUUCCCAGGUUCUGACCUGGCUGCCCAAGUCUCAGCAGCCCCAGGUUCCCAGCGGGCAGCCCCAGGGUCCCAGCGGGCAGCCCCAGGUUCCCAACGGGCAGCCCCAGGUUCCCAACUGGCAGCCCCAGGUUCCCAGCGGGCAGCCCCAGGUUCCCAGCGGGCAGCCCCAGGGUCCCAGCGGGCAUCCCCAGGUUCCCAGCGGGCAGCCCCAGGUUCCCAACGGGCAGCCCCAGGUUCCCAACGGGCAGCCCCAGGUUCCCAACUGGCAGCCCCAGGGUCCCAGCGGGCAGCCCCAGGUUCCAACCUGGCAGCCCCAGGGUCCCAGCGGGCAGCCCCAGGUUCCAACCUGGCAGCCCCAGGGUCCCAGCGGGCAGCCCCAGGGUCCCAGCGGGCAGCCCCAGGUUCCAACCUGGCAGCCCCAGGGUCCCAGCGGGCAGCCCCAGGUUCCAACCUGGCAGCCCACGCCUGAGCUGCCCCAGGUUCCCGGCUACCAGCCCAAGCCCCAGCCCCAGCAGCCUGUCAACCAGCCCCAGCAGCCGGUCUACAAGCCCCAGCCUCAGCCCCAGCCCCAGCAGCCGGUCUACAAGCCCCAGCCUCAGCCCCAGCCCCAGCAGCCGGUCUACAAGCCCCAGCCCCAGCCCCAGCCCCAGCAGCCGCCCCAGCCCCAGCAGCCGGUCUACAAGCCCCAGCCCCAGCCCCAGCAGCCGGUCUACAAGCCCCAGCCCCAGCAGCAGCAGCCGGCCUACAAGCCCCAGCCCCAGCAGCAGCAGGUCUACAAGCCCCAGCCCCAGCAGCAGCAGCAGCCGGUCUACAAGCCCCAGCCCCAGCAGCAGCAGCCGGUCUACAAGCCCCAGCCCCAGCAGCAGCAGCAGGUCUACAAGCCCCAGCCCCAGCAGCAGCAGCCGGUCUACAAGCCCCAGCCCCAGCCCCAGCCCCAGCAGCCGGUCUACAAGCCCCAGCCCCAGCCCCAGCAGCCGGUCUACAAGCCCCAGCCCCAGCCCCAGCCCCAGCAGCUGGUCUACAAGCCCCAGCCCCAGCCCCAGCAGCCGGUCUACAAGCCCCAGCCCCAGCCCCAGCAGCCGGUCUACAAGCCCCAGCCCCAGCCCCAGCAGCCGGUCUACAAGCCCCAGCCCCAGCCCCAGCCCCAGCAGCCGGUCUACAAGCCCCAGUCCCAGCGGCCGGUCUACAAGCCCCAGUCCCAGCAGCCGGUCUACAAGCCCCAGCCCCAGCCCCAGCAGCCGGUCUACAGGCCCCAGCAGCCGGUCUACAGGCCCAGGCCUCAGCCCCACAGGCCCCAGCAGCCGGUCUACAGGCCCCAGCAGCCGGUCUACAGGCCCAAGCCAUCUGGUGGGGUUGGCAUAUAACUGCAACUUGCAUCUAACUAUGGAAGCAAACUGCAACCUGGCUACAACCCUUGUUAAAGCGGAAGGUGUUUCAUCUGAUGCGCCUUUUUGAUUUAUUGUUUGUGCCUGGACAUGGUAAAUAAAACGUUAUAUUACA